AACUAUCCUCCGUUGGACGUUCGGAAUCCAGGCCAGGCUGUCUUAUGCUCGAAGGGGUGACGGUCGAUAUAGAUUUCGAUAUGGUUGUCCUAGAAGUUUGCAUUGAAAGCGUCGAGUCGGCGAAAAGAGCAUUGAGCUGCGGCGCGGAUCGAUUAGAGUUGUGCACAGCGCUUUCACAAGGCGGUCUAACGCCGACCGUCGGUCUCUUGAGGUCCGUGAAGAAUCAUGCUGGAAGCGUUCCGGUCAUGUGCCUGAUCCGAUGUCGAUCGGGCAACUUCAAUUACACCGAAGAGGACCUGCAGGUGAUGCUCUAUGACAUAGGAUGCCUCAAAGAUAAUGGAGCAGACGGGUUCGUUAUCGGAGUGUUGAACGAAUCCGGAGAGAUCCACGUGGAGAGCUGCAGUCGUCUCCGAGCAGCCUGCGGCUCGCUGCCAGUGACUUUCCACAGGGCCUUCGAUUUUUCUGUAGAAUCGAUACCUGUCGCCCUUCGGAAAGUGAAACAAAUCGGCUGCAGCCGUAUCCUGACUUCCGGAAGGGACGUGAAUGUCACUGCCGCCGUUUCCGUCAACCGCAGGCGAAGAAAAUUUGAAGGAGCUCGUUCGAGCAUCAGCAGCUCUCGGUAUCACCAUCAUGCCUGGUGGAGGCAUCACUUUGGAAAACAUCGAUCGUAUUGCGAAGAAUACCAAGGCAGAUGAGCUUCAUAUGAGCGCUUGUCUCAAGGAAGUGCAGCAGAUGCCAGGGAUGGGGCUGCCGAUGACAACGAAUGUGUCUGUGCUCCGGGAGGCGUUGCGGAAGCUUCGCGAUUCCGGGGCUGAACGAAGCGAUGUUCCUGAGUGAAAUAUGACCGAGGACAUCAGAGCCUCGAUCCCCUCGAUCGGCGAACGCAGUGAUCGGGGAACGCGUUUACGUAUGUGUAUAUUCUCCCGACUCCGAUAAAUGUCUUUCGG